CAAAGAACUACCUCAAGGGUGGAUCACUGGAGAACACCAUCAAUGGCCGCGGAGACGACGACUGCAACAUCACCCCGUUACCUCCGCAGCACGUCAUGCACCCGAGCAAGGACAUCAACAAACUGUACGGCGUCACGCCCAGCGACAUCGACAAGUACUCAAGAAUCGUGUUUCCGGUGUGCUUCGUUUGCUUCAACCUCAUGUACUGGAUCAUUUACCUGCACAUCAGUGACGUGGUGGCCGAUGACUUGGUGCUGCUCCAGGCAGACAAGUAGACUUCUUUACAGAUUUUGCGCCGCAACUCUAUGAUGACWACGACAACGAUGAUCCGAUAAUAUUAUAUURUAUUAUGAUAUAUUACAGUAAAAUAUAAUAUUUUUAUCUAGAUUUAGUGUAAGAGCUCAACUACGAAAAAAAUACCGCAUCGCGAGUAUAUUUAAUUAUUAUUAUUAUAGUAAUUUUACGAUUAUAAUAUAUUAUUAAGGGAUUAUUAGGGCAAAGAAUUAUAUGAUCUUAAAACCAAUUAAAUAAUAUUUAUGAUGGUAUGCCCUAAAAAUUAACAAAUUAUGCCCAAAAAAUAUGCUCUAAGAAAAAAGUAAAUUCUAAUGUAGUAAUAUAAUAUUUUAAUACCAAAGUUUAAUAUUAAAUUAUACUUUUUAAAUACCUAGGUUUUUACCUAAAAUAUCUACUAAUACAAAUGUGAUCUUUAAAAUAAAAAUAAAUGUUAUAAAUUUCUUAUGUCUAAUAUUGAAAAAAAUUMACUAAUUAUUAAUAUUUCUUUGGAAAGCAGCUUUAACUUUAACUUUUGUUGAAUCUGAAAAUCAAACAUUGCGUGUUUGUUAUUUUCUUAAAAUAUGUAAAAAUAUUGUAACAUUGAAAAUUUAGUAGGUAUUUUAUUUCAGGAAAAUCUAAAUUAUACAUCGCAUAAAAACUUAAAAGUAGAUGAAAUCCCCAAAGGCGCCCUAUAUAAUUUUCCAUGAUACGUAGGUACCUAGAAUAUCAUUCAUCCGAAAAUACAUUUUGGUAUAAAACUAUAACCCAGCUAUUUUUUUUUUUUACCAACUCAUAAAUUCAUGCAAAUUUUAUGUUCCCUAGUGGYUAGUUAUUAUAACAUCAACCAUAGGUCUAGACAGAAUUUACUUAUUUAUUAUAUCUGCAGGGUCUUUCACCUGAUCAGCUCUCUAUGUCGAUCAGACUAAAACGCAUAAAYUCAAWCCAAUCCAAUAAAAUCCACUCCGUUAUAUUUUAUAAACGAAAUAAAUAUCUAAAAACAAAAAUACCGUCUCAAAAGAUACUUUUAUCCAUUAUCCGAAUGCGUUUCGUCUUURAAAUAAAAACAUUUAUUGCAGUAUAAAGUUACAGUAAAUSGACUACAUGUAUCAUCAUUAUUAUUGUCAUUAAAAUUGAUUUCAAUCCGUUCCAUUCUAAUCUAACCAUUCCACCAUGAUUUUCGUGAUGAUAAUAAUGGUUAUAAUUAUAUUAGAAUAUUUUAUGACGACCAACCGACAUUUCGUUUUUAAGAGGCAUUUAUCGCGUGAUUCAGGCGAGGAGUCKUGGAUACRAAAAGUUUCUCGAAUUAAAAUGUUUUUGAUUAAAAUUUAAAAUAGUUAAUUAGUAUCAUCAUUAUUAUUACGACUACGACGGUAAUAACAGUUGUCRCGUCAAGUUUUCCGUUCGUUUUGCGCAUGUCAAUACAUUUAUUGACGUUAUAUUAUUAUAUUAAUAUUAUAUUUUCGUAGUGACGUAAUUUAAUAUAUAAAUAUAUAUAUUAUAUAUUAUUAUACACUGCAGUGCUCAAUCGUCAUAUUUAUUUCUGAUUUCAAUUUAAGACAUUCACGUCUACUUACGAUUACAAUAAUUAUUAAUUCUUCUCAUAAUAUUAUAGCUGUUAAUAUUUCUAUUGCAUUUUUGAAA